UCUCCUCUCUUUCGAGCAACGAGCGCCGCCGUCGUCGGAAUACUCUGCCCCGAGGGGGGAGAGAGAGAGAGAGAGGCGAGCUCUGCAUCGGCUGCCACCUCAUAUAGCUCGAGCUCCCGCGUCCCUACGCGCCGCCUCUUCAUCCGCACGCAGCCGGCGGCGAGCCCAAGCUCAUCCCCACGCGUUCAGCCUCGCGUGAUUCUUCCCAGAGGAGGGAGAGUCGGUCAUGUCGUCGUCCUCCGCCGCCUUGUCCAGAGGCAAAUCCGCAAUUUCCGGAUCCACCGCUAAAUUCGAGGCGGCUAAAGGGUCGUCGUCUAAGGGCGGCAAGCCCACCAGAGCCAGAGGGAAGACCGAGAAGAAGGUCUACUCGUUGCCGGGCCAGAAGUUCGACCCUCCUGAGGAGAGAGAGCCUCUCAGGAUAUUCUACGAGUCCCUAUCCAAGCAGAUACCUUCUAGUGAAAUGGCUGAAUUCUGGUUGAUGGAGCAUGGGUUAUUAUCUCCUGAAAGAGCAAAAAAAGCAUAUGAAAGAAAGCAAAAGCGGCAACAGCAAAUACGAUCAGGAACCCCAAUUAAACCCAGUGUAAAGAAAGACAAACCAGAAAGUUCAAAAAAACCAAGCUUAUAUAAUAGUUCAGAUUCAAAGGCAAAGAAAAGAGUCGAUUACAGCGACGAUGGCAACGACUUCAUUGUCAAAUUGAAGAGAUCGAGGGGAUGAUAUAUCUCAUAUGAGUUUCUCCCAUCCUUCCUUUUGUACGGCGAGGUACCGGUACCUCGAGAUAAAAAAGAAGGAUGAAAGUAAAACUCAUCUUAUAUAGAGCUUUCAGAUGCCAGCAUAAGACAGCUGCCUCUAUUGCUAUAGCACCAAUGCCCAUAGGAGCUGGCCUGCAGUUUCCAUGACAAGGAUCAUAAAAAAAAUUGGGUUUGUGAUGAUUCUGUUGAAAUAUUUCUGUUUGUUUUCAAUACCUGAGUACACACAAGAAAAAAGACAUCCUUUACAAAUGGUAAAACAAAUUAAUGUCACAUUGGCAGCUUUAUACAUGUCGUCUUUAUGUUUGUGUUGUAAAGACCGGCUGUUCAUGGAGGUAAAGAAAGAUAGGUUUUGCUGUGUC